GUUUGGUGAAGAUUAAAGAUGUCGGAGCGGAAAGUAUUAAAUAAAUAUUAUCCCCCGGAUUUCGAUCCGUCUAAAAUUCCAAAGUUGAAACUCCCAAAAGAUCGCCAAUAUGUGGUUCGUCUGAUGGCCCCAUUUAACAUGAGGUGCAAGACUUGUGGAGAAUAUAUUUACAAAGGGAAGAAGUUCAAUGCUAGAAAGGAAACUGUGCAGAACGAAUUGUACUUGGGACUCCCAAUCUUCAGAUUCUACAUCAAAUGCACCCGCUGCUUAGCUGAGAUCACUUUUAAGACAGACCCGGAGAACACCGAUUAUGCCAUGGAGCAUGGAGCUACUCGCAAUUUCCAGGCAGAGAAGUUAAUUGAAGAAGAAGAGAAGAAGUUUCAGAAAGAUCGGGAGGAAGAAGAGCUCAAUAAUCCAAUGAAGGUUCUGGAGAACCGAACCAAGGAUUCAAAGAUGGAAAUGGAGGUUCUGGAGAAUCUACAGGAACUGAAGGAACUGAAUCAGCGCCAAGCAAAUGUGGACUUUGAGUCAAUGCUUGGUCGUUACAGAGAGACUGAGGAGCAAAUGAAAAAGAGGCAGGAAGAGGAGGAUGAAAGCGAGAUGAGAGCAAUGAUCGCCGAAGCUCAGAAGAAAAGGCUGCUAGAGGAUUCUGACUCCGAUGAAGAAUCAUCUGAGGUGAAAAUUAAAGAGACCGUGAAGAUAAACCCGACAGAUAUCCUAAUCAAGAGUUCAGAUGUGCAGAACAAAAGACAAUGCAGUGAGACGUGGGAGACCAACAAAACCAAAUUAAACAGCCGUCAACGGAUAUCGGAGCUUGUGGUCAGGAAGCGGGAAGGAGCAAAGCCUGAUGUAAAUGCAUUACACAGUGAGGAUGCCACACGUAACACUGACGUGUCACAGGGAAAGAACGCACUCUCCAACAUGAAUGCAAGCCAUGGCACAACUGCAACGCAGACUUCUUCACAUGGUGGUGUAGGAAAUGAACCCAAACACACAGAUGCUUCCAAAUCGGGAACCUCUUCCCUGGCCCUCCUGGGUAUGUACUCGGACAGCGAAGAAAGCGAGUAACCACCAACAAGCCCAUAAAAGGAUCUGUGGAGACAGUAGAGUUCAAUGUGUGAUUGCAAGUCUUGUGGAACAUAACACUCUGCUAUCCAUAUUGUUUUAAAAAGAAACCUUUUUAUCGUUUGGCUGACUUACGCCAGUUUCUCUCAGGUGUUUCUUUUAAUUGAGAAUACAACUUCAGUAUGAGUAAAGGAUGCAGCAAUAUGUAUGUAAUGUUUUUAAGUAUUUUUUCUUGCUCCUUUGACCCAGGUUUAACUGCAUCGUAAGGAAACCCAAUCUUCUGAUAAAAAGAUAACUAAAUGUCUGUUUUCUAGUGCUCCUUUCUAUACAUGUCAAACUUUGUAAACUAAGAACAAUGUACAAGACAAGAUACCCAUUUCAUUGUCUGUACAGCAAAUCGUACAUAAACAUUGCAUCUAUUCAUUGUAUGUAUAUAAUAUGUAAUUUAAUAAAGAAGGGAUAUUUUUUA